AUGAACGUGAAUAUGUUCAAGGCCGGGGACGACAUCCUCCAGGAUGUCGACCAAUCAUGUAAAGACCGUCUCCCUGCUGUAGAAGAGUUGCCCCUGCCUCCAAGCUUUACCUGGGGUACUGCUACAGCUGCGUAUCAGGUUGAAGGCGGCGCCUUCCAGGACGGCAAGGGCAAAUCCAUCUGGGAUACCUUCACUCACCUUGACCCAUCUCGCACGAACGGGGAAAAUGGAGACAUUGCCUGUGACCACUACAAUCGCAUGGCGGAAGAUGUUGUACUGAUGGCCUCAUACGGCGUGGACGUGUAUCGCUUCUCGAUCGCCUGGGCCAGAAUUCUCCCUUUAGGCGGGCGUGGCGACCCAAUCAACGAGAAAGGAAUCGCAUUCUACAACAAUCUCAUUGACUGUCUCUUGGAGCACAAUAUUGAGCCUGUUGUGACACUCUAUCACUGGGAUGUACCGCAAGGGCUCUACGAUCGCUAUGGGGCGUUCUUAGAUACGACCGAGUUUCGAGCGGAUUUCGAACAUUUUGCACGAUUGUGUUUCUCUCGGUUCGGUGAUCGAGUCAAAAGAUGGAUCACGUUCAAUGAGCCCUACAUUAUUUCAAUUUUUGGUCACCAUAGUGGGGUACUGGCUCCUGGCCGCAGCAGUGCAACAGGUGGUGAUUCCCGAACUGAGCCAUGGCGUGUCGGUCACACCAUCAUCCUUGCUCAUACAGCUGCUGUGCAGGCCUACGCGACGGACUUUCAACCCACACAGAAAGGGGAUAUUUCGAUCGUCCUGAAUGGCCACUAUUAUGAGCCGUGGGAUGCUGGCAGCGAAGAACAUCGGUUGGCUGCCCAGCGUCGCUUGGAGUUUUACAUUGGUUGGUUCGGUGACCCCAUCUUCCUGGGAAAGGAUUAUCCAGCGCCCAUGCGAGCUCAGCUUGGCAGUCGUCUGCCUGAGUUCACAUCAGAAGAGCUGGACCUCCUCCGCCGGUCUGCCCCAAUCAACUCGUUCUAUGGUAUGAACCAUUACACGACAAAAUACGCACGAGCCCUACCUGACCCACCCGCGGAGGAUGACUGCACCGGUAAUGUGGAGGAAGGGCCCACUAACAGCGAGGGGAAGACCAUGGGGCCUCUUUCUGGCAUGUCCUGGCUGCGAGUGACACCGGCGGGCUUCCGCAAGUUGCUGAACUGGGUCUGGGAUCGCUAUCGUCGACCAAUCGUAGUCACGGAGAAUGGAUGUCCUUGUCCAGGUGAAAGUCAGAUGACGAAGGAGCAGGCCCUAGACGACCAGUUCCGCAUUCGGUACUUCGGGUUGUAUCUAGAUGCUAUUUCCCGGGCCAUUUAUGAUGAUGGGGUCAAGGUUGAGGGCUACUACGUCUGGUCAUUGAUGGAUAAUUUUGAAUGGUCUGCUGGAUAUGGUCCUCGGUAUGGAAUCACGCACGUCGAUUUCACAACCUUGGUUCGCACACCUAAACAGUCGGCAAAGUAUUUACAUCACAGUUUCAAUAAACGGAGGGCAACAAGCCUUAGAUAG